AAUUAGUUAUGGCAAUUAGUAAACAAACUAAUCAUUGUUAUCAUAGACAGGGAGACAAAACAUUUUUAAGAUAAAAGUAUUCUUUAGAAAAAAAGACAAAAAAAAAGGAUGGUGAAGCCGUUCGAAUUCCAUGGCGUGGAGGCGGAGAAAGCGGAAGCAAUGAGGAGAUACAACAACCGUAGAAGCUUCAGGAACAUUCUACGUUUAGCCGCCGUAGCUUCGUUGUGUUACUUAUGGUUCCCGACGGUGGCGAUUUCACUACAAACUGCCGGCGACUGGUUUUACCGGACCGGAGCGGUUUUUAUAACCGAUCGUUCCGUCGUCUUCGUCUUCGCUAACCUAAUCGUCGGUUUACUUUUCUUUCUCUCCGGCGAGAGCAAUAACAAGAGUAGUAGUAGUAGUAAUGUUGAACGAGAACCAGAUCUCUACGAUCAAUACACCUCUUCUUCCUCCGCCGUAAUCGUAACCGCCGACGACGAGAAAGUGGUGGAAGAUGAUGAUGAUGAUUUGCAUAAGCAAAUCGUUCCGGCGUUUGACGCGGAGGUUGAGGAGGCGGUUACGACAAAAGGAAUUUUUAGGAGGACGAAAUCGGAGACAUCCCGGCCGGUGAUGGAGUAUCGGAAAACAGAGUCGGAGAAAGUGGUUGAAGACGAUGAAUCGGAGAAGCAAAUCGUUCCGGCGUUUAUCCCGGAGGAUGAGGAAGUGGUUUUGGAUGAGGCUACUCGGGAGGUGGUUACAUCACCGGGAAUAUAUAGGAGGACGAAAUCGGAGACGAAGAAAGAGAUAAUCCGGCCGGUGGUGAAGUAUCGGAGAACAGAAUCGGCGAAAGUGGUGGCGAUAGAUAGGCUGAGUAGUGAAGAGUUUCGUUUGAAGAUAGAGAGUUUCAUAAUGGAGAAGAAGAGAUCGCUUGUUCGGGAAAACGACGUCGUUCAAUGUCAAGUUCUUGGAUCUAGACAUGGUCUCAUUGGUAGUACUGGCUAUGGCUCGUGCUAGGCCUAAAAAGCUUACUUGAAUUGGAAGUAGAG